CAAUUCACUCAAAUUCUCAAAAAAGAAAAAAAGAAAAAGGAAUCCAAUUCAGUAGCAGCACGCAGCAGAGUAACCGAAUAUUUUAUCUUUCACUUUCACUGCAUUAUAAGAAUCCAGUCCAUCUAGUAGGCAAAAGUAGCAUCCUUUACUGAACAUAUCCUCUCUCUUUCCAUGGCUAACGUCGAAGAAAUCCUAGGAGAACUGGACAAGGAGUCAUUUGUUACCCUCUUGAGAAAGAUCAUAGGAGAGUCGAAACAUGUCCAAAACAACCCACCUGAGCUGAUCCCAGAAGAGGACAGGGUGGUGAAGCAUGUCUUGGAUUCUCUCCUCCCUUACAGCACCACCUCUGGAGGAGGUCCCUUGAUUGUGAAUCAUGUCUCUUAUUUCCCCGGUCGAGGCAAUCUUAUUGUUGAGUAUCCUGGCACUGAGCCUGGAAAGAUCCUGUCAUUUGUUGGCAUGCAUAUGGAUGUUGUCACUGCUAACCCCAACGAUUGGGAGUUUGAUCCAUUCUCAUUGACCAUCAAUGGGGAUAAACUUUGUGGCCGUGGAACUACUGAUUGUUUGGGACAUGUUGCUGUUGUGACAGAACUCAUGAAGAUGUUGGCCGAGAAAAAGCCUAAAUUGAAAUCAACAGUAGUUGCUGUCUUCAUAGCUAAUGAAGAGAAUUCUGCCAUAACAGGAGUCGGUGUGGAUGCGCUUGUGCAAGAUGGGCUGCUUGAUAAGCUGAAAGGAGGACCUCUAUUCUGGAUUGAUACGGCUGAUAAACAACCUUGCAUUGGUACUGGUGGUAUGAUACCUUGGAAACUUCAUGUGACAGGGAAGCUUUUUCACAGUGGUUUAGCACAUAAGGCUAUAAAUGCCUUGGAGCUAGCCAUGGAUGCACUUCAAGAGAUGCAAUCACGCUUUUACAAGGACUUUCCUCCUCAUCCAAGAGAGCAGGUCUAUGGAUUUGCAACGGCAUCAACUAUGAAACCAACUCAAUGGAGUUAUCCUGGAGGAGGGAUCAACCAAAUUCCUGGGGAGUGUACAAUUUCAGGAGAUGUCAGGUUAACUCCCUUCUACAAUCUAGUAGACGUGAAGAAUAUGCUACAAGAGUAUGUGGAUGACAUAAAUGAGAACAUAGAGAAGUUAGGUACAAGAGGUCCAGUUUCAAAAUAUGUUCUACCUGACGAAAACCUGAGAGGGAGCAUUACUCUGACCUUUGAAGAGGCGAUGUCUGGAGUGGCAUGUAAUCUUGAUUCUCGUGGCUUUCAUGUAUUGUGUAAGGCAACUGAAAAAGUCGUUGGUCAUGUAAAGCCAUACUCGAUCACUGGGAGUUUGCCACUGAUUCGGGAGUUGCAAGAGGAAGGCUUUGAUGUUCAAACUGCUGGCUAUGGUUUAAUGGCUACAUACCAUGCCAAGAAUGAGUACUGCCUGCUUUCUGAUAUGUGCCAAGGCUACCGAGUUUUUGUUAGCAUCAUCUCUCAGUUAGAAGAUUGAUCAUAAACAUCACUUAACGCCCAGAUUAUCCCCACUAGAUUACCUCAUGAACAUGUUAUUUAUAGACGCAAACAAUUGCUGAUAAGGGAUGCUAAUCUACUCCUAAUAAAAGGCUUAAGAUUGGUCAUGUUUCACUCUUGUGCUAUACAAGUUACCGUCCAGAACUUCAAACUUGAUCUUAUAAUAUAUAUAUUUUUUGGCAGUUCAA